GGUCAGAGAGAAGCAGGCAGUCAGGAUGACACCGAUGUUCCUUAAUGUGCACCGUGGCAGCAAUGACACUGAGGAUCCCUUCAUACCUGGAAUGCUGUGCAAAGAUGUUGUGAAGCUAGGUGAGGAGCCCUGUGAGACUGACUGUUGCCUGGCUGGGGAGUGGAGAGGCUCAGAUGAGCCCAGAGCCACAGAUCGGGGAGUGAGGACUGAGAAGGUGGAGACCUCUGUGGAAAGAAACAGGAAGACUGGGUUCUCAGUUAUUCCUCUGGAUGCGUCGCUGAGUGAGCUGCAGGAUCUGGCAACAAGGCAGCAGCAGCAGAUUGAUGCCCAGCAGCAGCUUUUGGCCUUCAAGGAGCAUCAGCUGCGUUACCGGAAGCAGCAUGAUCUGAAGCAGGACCAGGAAGCUUCUCAGCGAGAGCGACUGCUGCAGCUCCAAGAGCACAUCAAAAACCAGGAGGCCAGACUGCUGCUGCUCUGGGCUCUCAGGAGCCAAGUGGAGCAGAAACGUGUUACAAACUCCAAAUUAGUAUCAGUCGUCCUGUUUGAUCCUGCCACCCACCUGCUGCACAGCAUUGCACAUUCUGCAGGAGCACAGAUGGAUCAUGGCAGCACCGGCAGGGUGGCCUCAGAAAGCAUCAACCCACAGCAUGAGCUGAGCUCCAGAGUAGCAGCAGUGGGACCGUACAUCAAGUCCGCUUCCAGGUCCAGCUCCCAGCAUCCUGCUGGGCCUUCAUCCACGGAAGUGUUGCCAUUUAGCAAUGGCCCGUCCAAGUCGACUGUGCCGCCACCAGUUCCCAGCAAACCUAAACCAUCCCCAGCUCCACCAACCUUCUCCAAGCCUGAGUUUUACACAGGGACCUUCCCUGGUAAAAAGAAACUGUAUGGCAGUCAGCUGAAGGAUACAUCGGUCCUGUCCAACAGCAGCCUUCCUCUCCAUAGCAACAGGGGAAGUUCUCCCGCGGUCGCUGUGCGUCCAUACACACCAGAACCCACGGAUGGCCCUCCUCCUGAGUUACACAAACCGAAGACUCUGGCAGGUUCAUCCAUUUUCUGGAUGUACACCCAGCAGCCAUUUAGCAAUGGCCCGUCCAAGUCGACUGUGCCGCCACCAGUUCCCAGCAAACCUAAACCAUCCCCAGCUCCACCAACCUUCUCCAAGCCUGAGUUUUACACAGGGACCUUCCCUGGUAAAAAGAAACUGUAUGGCAGUCAGCUGAAGGAUACAUCGGUCCUGUCCAACAGCAGCCUUCCUCUCCAUAGCAACAGGGGAAGUUCUCCCGCGGUCGCUGUGCGUCCAUACACACCAGAACCCACGGAUGGCCCUCCUCCUGAGUUACACAAACCGAAGACUCUGGCAGGUUCAUCCAUUUUCUGGAUGUACACCCAGCAGGCAAGCCCUGGUAAAGCCCAACAGGCAAACGGCCAGGGAACACUGCCCAGCAGCAAGCCCAAAGCGUAUGGUAAACCUGUCCCUUCUGCUGACGGGAAGCAGCAGAGGGUCAGCUCAGGCACAUCUGGGCUCUCUGACUUUAAUGAGGGCGAGGCCGAUGACAGCUUAUCUGCUGCCACUGAUGACAAAGCUGUCGAGGCUGAAACUCCUCGUCCUCUCAGUCCCUCCAAGCUCCUCCCCUUUGUGUCCGACCCUCAUAGGAACUCUGAUGUUGAUUCGGAGGGAUUCCGCCGCCGACUGCAGCACGCCCCCCGCCCCUUAAAAAAACGCAGCUCUGUUGUGGAGCCUGAAGGCCCCAUUGGACCUAACAUCCAGAAGCUUCUAUACCAGAAGACAACUCUGGCUGCCAUGGAAGCCAUCCCUAUGGAGACUAUCAGUGCACCAGGGGAGAAUGGUCCGGUCAUAAAUCCUGACAGCAGGAUUGUCAGGAACGAUGUCAGUUCUAGGGUCAAAGAAAAAAGCUUAGCUGGCAUAAAGCCCAGCGACGGUCUGACAUCACCACUGGCCCCCCUUCCCGCCUUCCCGGAGCCCAGCUAUUCCCAUUCCCAAGACAUGGAAGAAGAGGAAAAUAUGCCAUGCACCUUUAAUAAAGAUAGCUUCCCUCAUCCCAGCUGUGGGGAGAAAGAAAAGGCAGAUGGUGUCCUUAGCUCUGAGCAACCAAUACCCCAAAGUACAGACCCACCUGGUAAACAGUCUAUCCUGCAUAAGCCUGGAGCAGCCUGGAUAGACCGUGGGAAGCAUGUCCAGUUCAGCCCUCUGGCCCUGCUGCUGGAUUCUGCUCUUGAGGGGGAAUUUGACCUGGUCCAGAGAGUCAUCUAUGAGGUGGAUGAUGCCAGCAGGCCUAAUGAUGAAGGAAUCACAGCGUUGCAUAAUGCUGUGUGUGCCGGACACUUUGAGAUCGUUAAGUUUUUGGUCCAAUUUGGUGUCAACGUCAAUGCUGCCGACAGCGAUGGCUGGACUCCUCUGCAUUGUGCUGCUUCUUGCAACAGUUUCCAGAUUUGUAGGUUUCUGGUGGAAUCUGGGGCGGCUGUGUUUGCAGCCACAUACAGUGACAUGCAGACUGCAGCUGACAAGUGUGAGGAGAUGGAGGAGGGCUAUGCACAGUGCUCCAAGUUCCUUUAUGGCGUCCAGGAGAAGAUGGGAGUGAUGAACCGUGGGGUGGUGUACGCCCUGUGGAGCUAUGAGCCUCAGCAUCACGACGAGCUGGGCUUCAGUGAAGGAGACUGCCUGACGGUGCUGAGCCAGGAGGAGGAGAGGGAGUGGUGGUGGGCCCGAUGCGGAGACCACGAAGGAUUCAUUCCUCGCAACCUUCUCGGGCUCUAUCCGAGGAUCAAGCCCCGGCAGCGGAGCCUGGCCUAACCAGGAUAUUCAUAACGUGUUGAUGAGCAGAAACAGCAGACAGCCUCAACAGAAAAGGAUAGUGAGCUGCCAUCAACAGAGAAGGACCUGAGGAAAGGAGAGCUUCCUGGUUCCCACAGAUCAAAGCACUGCUGUCCAUCAGCAGCAGAACUAGAUGGACAGACAUGACAUCAGCCUCUACUUUCAUUGCUUCACUGAGGUUUGGAAGAAGGAUGGAGACCAGGGGGAUGAUUUUUGGACUGUUUUUCUCAAAAAUGAUUUCCUGUAGCACGAAUGGAUAAACUUUUGCCUCUUAAUGAGUAACAUUAUGUUUAUUCCACUGACACAUUGAAAAGGGUCACGCACAAACUACAAAAAAAAUCACUAUUACUGUCAGUGGGACUAAAUUUGUUAAGCCUAAGGAAGUAUUAACAAACAGUACCAAUACACUAACGAUACCUGAAACACUUCUAAUUUGUUCUUGUGGGCAGCUGUGAUUGUUUAAAAUGAUAAGAGUAUGAAAUGAUUGUUCUGCGCUGAAGAUUUGGAUGAAAUAUCUGCAGUUCGGCAUGAA